AUGGAAAAUUACACACAGACCUCGACUAACUUCAUCCUCCUGGGCCUGUUUCCCCCAUCAAGGGUUGGCCUUGUCCUGUUCAUUCUCAUCCUCCCCAUCUUCCUAAUGGCACUGGCUGGCAACCUGGUCAUGGUCCUGCUCAUCCUGCUGGAUGCCCACCUCCACACUCCCAUGUACAUCCUGCUCAGUCAGCUCUCCCUCAUGGACCUCAUGUAUAUCUGCACCACUGUCCCCAAGAUGGCUUCUGGUUUUCUAUUUGGAAACAAGUCCAUCUCCCUCAUCGGGUGCGGGUUCCAGAGCUUCUUCUUUUUGACUUUAGGAGGAGCAGAAGCACUGAUACUGAUGUCCAUGGCCUAUGACCGUUAUGUGGCUAUCUGCUUUCCUCUGCACUACCCCGUCCACAUGAACAGAAGAGUGUGUGUGCUGAUGAUCCUGGGAUCUUGGACAAUAGGUGCUAUCAAUGCCUGUGCUCACACAGUAUACAUCCUCCGGAUCAAUUACUGUAGGUCCAGGACCAUCAACCAUUUUUUCUGUGAUGUCCCAGCCAUGCUGUCCCUGGCUUGUGGGGACACCAGGGUCCAUGAGUACACCGUGUUCCUCAGUACUGUCGUCUUUCUCCUGUUCCCUUUCAUCAUCAUUAUGUUUUCCUAUGGGAAAGUUCUCCUUGCUGUCUACCGCAUGCACUCUCAGGAAGGCAGGAAGAAGGCCUAUUCCACCUGCAGCACCCACCUCACCGUGGUGACUUUCUACUAUGCACCUUUUGUGUAUACCUAUCUCCGCCCAAAGUCUUUCCGGUCUCCAGCAGAGGACAAGGUUGUGGCUGUCUUCUACACCAUCCUCACCCCAAUGCUCAACCCUAUGAUCUACAGCCUGAGGAACAAAGAGGUGACGGGGGCCCUGGGGAGAGUGAGUGGGAAGUUGUGCUCUUUAAAACUGUAG